AGCAAAGGGCGCCAAAAAGCGAAAAAGGCGGCAAGGUGGCCAAGUUAUAGGCCAGAGGAGGCCAAAGCAAAACAGCAGCAACAAAAGGCCAGAGGACAAGGGCCGAAAAGAAGACGGUAGGCCAAGCAUGGCCAGACCAGAGCGCCGGCAGAAGGCACCAGAGAUCCAGGCGCGAAAACAAAAGGCCCAAAGGAACAGGCCACAAAGGAAGCAAGCGCCGGCAACCGAGGCGGAACAGCAGCAACAAGACGGAACACCAAGACCAAAGACGAGGUCGCAAAGGCCAGACCAAAGGACAAAGCUGCGAACAACAGCCAACAGAAAGAGGAAGACGCCACCAACAGACACCGGGCGGCAGGAAAGGCAACCACAGGAGAAGGCCACACGAGACACCAGAAAACCGAGGACACAAAACACAACGGAGCGAUCAGGACAACAGACAAACAAACAAAGAAAAGAAGCAAGCAAGCAAAGGGGAAAAAAGAACAGAUAAGUAUAUACAAAUUUUUAAAAAGAAAAAGAAGAAAGAAAGGGGGAAAAAAAAAGUGGAAAAAGCGCAACGCAUCAAAACUGAUGGGAUUCGUGAAGGGAUUAGAUCCCUCGUUUAAUCACUUGCUGCAGUGGUCCAAGCUAGUG